AUGAUCUUCCAUAAGCUCUUCCCCCACGAAUCCAAGGCACAGCAGAGUGUUUCUUCUGCAACUUCCGCCGCCACUUCUCCUUCUCUGUCCACUCCUUUCGUUGACUCUGGGCCCCCAGACCCCGCCUUCAAGUAUGCCCUCCCCAACCCCAACGGCAACCCCCUCGUUCGGUUCCUUCGAGCCACCGAGUCUUCCAUUGAAAGGGUCAUUUUCGACUUCCGUUUUUUGGCGUUACUUGCUGUUGGAGGGUCCUUGGCAGGGUCUCUCUUGUGCUUUCUGAAUUGGCUGAUUUCACUACCUGAACCUGCCUCUGGUCACAUGGUGAUAAUUUCAAUGGUCCAACAGUUGUCACAGGACUCCCCUUCUGAUGGGAUGGGCAUGAGCUGUGUCAAAGGAGUUCACACCGGACAGAUGGUUCUGCGUCUGGUUGAAGCAAUUGAUGUUUAUCUUGCUGGUACAGUUAUGCUAAUUUUUGGUAUGGGCUUAUAUGGAUUGUUCAUAAGCAAUAUACCUCCUGAUGUCUCACCUACUGUAGACCGUGCCCUUAAAGGAUCCUCUUUGUUUGGAAUGUUUGCUAUGAAGGAGAGACCUAAGUGGAUGAAAAUAUGCUCACUUGAUGAAUUGAAGACAAAGGUGGGACAUGUUAUUGUGAUGAUUCUUCUGGUAAAGAUGUUUGAGAGGAGCAAAAUGGUUACCAUUGCCACGGGAUUGGAUUUACUAAGUUAUUCAGUUUGUAUUUUCUUAUCAUCUGCGUCUUUGUAUAUCCUCCAUAACCUACAUAAGUCAGACUAG